GCCCCGCCCCUGGCCCGCCUCCCCUAGAUUUCCCCGCGAGUCGCAGGCCCUCCCCACGCUUGGAAGAUGGCGGCUUCCUUGGGAAGGUUACUUCGGGCUUCGGUUGCUCGGCAUGUGAACUCUUUCCCCCUGGGAAUUUCAGGAGCCAUUAAACCUGUUGCUACUAGAAGCAUAUUCCCAGCCAACAUAAUGCCCAUGAGUGCUACCCAGUCAAAAUUAGCCUUCAGCACCAGUUCUUCAACUUAUGUGCCUGCUGUCACCCAGCAUGCUCCAUAUUUUAAGGGUACAGCGGUUGUCAAUGGAGAAUUCAAAGAAAUAAGCCUUGAUGACUUUAAAGGCAAAUAUUUGGUGCUUUUCUUCUAUCCUCUUGAUUUCACUUUUGUGUGUCCAACAGAAAUUAUUGCUUUUAGUGACAAAGCUAACGAAUUUCAUGAUGUGAACUGUGAACUAGUUGCUGUUUCAGUGGACUCUCAUUUUAGCCAUCUUGCCUGGAUAAAUACACCAAGAAAGAGUGGUGGUUUAGGCCACAUGAAUAUUGCACUCCUAUCAGAUUUAAACAAACAAAUUUCCCGGGACUAUGGCGUUCUACUUGAAGGACCUGGCCUUGCAUUAAGAGGUCUCUUCAUAAUUGACCCUAAUGGAGUAAUCAAGCAUAUGAGUAUGAAUGAUCUCCCUGUGGGCCGAAGUGUGGAAGAAACUCUUCGUUUGGUGAAGGCAUUCCAGUUUGUGGAAUUGCAUGGAGAGGUGUGUCCAGCAAAUUGGACACCAGAUUCGCCUACGAUCAAGCCAUCUCCGAAAGCUUCCAAAGAGUACUUUGAGAAAGUGAAUAAAUAAAUGAUACCAUGUAUUGAAGAUCUGCGUGACUUUUUAAAUUAUGAAGAAACCCAAGUUGGAAUCUACGAUAACAUGCAGAAAAAAAACUGCAUAUAGAAGUAUAAAUAUAUACAAAAUAUACUUAUAUCUGUGAAUAUCACACCAAAAUGUUCAGUGUUUAUAAAAUUGCCCCCCAAACCAUUUAACUUUAAUAGUUGUUGCAAGUUCAAAGGAUCCUUUAGUACUAAAUCCUUCUUUUCCCAUAGUUCUCCUUUAGAAAUUGAACUACUCUAUAUUUGACAUCUUCAUUGGAAACUAGAAAUUUCAAGUUAAAGAAAUUGUUCAUUGCUUCUCUGCGCACAAAAACAGAUGUGGAAACAUUUAAUCAGCAUUCUUUCAGAUGUUUGAAUUAUAGGUAAACAGGUAUAGCUGCUUUUCCUUAGUAUCCCUUUGCAGAUUUUUUAGAAAAAUUAAAUCAAGGUCUUUUUUCUCCAUAAAACGAAUGUUUUGAAAUCAUAACUUCAGAGGUCUAAUUUGAUUCAUGGCAAAUGAGUAUAACAGAAGUAUAAAUUAUAUUUGCUUUUUUUUUUUUUAAUCCAGCACUUACAGUGGUAAAUUAAAGAAGCUAAUCAUGGUGGGCAGACCAGAGAUUUAAAUUAUGGGGUUCAUUCUACCAUUAUUUGAAGUUUGAGUAAACUUUAUGUCUAUACAUUUCAAAACACUAAUAUGAUUCUAAAAGACCUGUUGAAUCCCAGAGUUGCAUAUAAUGAAGCUUUGGAAAUUAUUGAACAUUUAUUUUUCUAACUGGUGAAUAACUCAGUGCACGUUCUGUAAUCGAAAAUAAAGAAAUUUUAAAGUAUCUUGA